GGAAGAACCCCCGACCCCCAAGCAUAGGGUCCUUCCCAAAAAAUGAAUUUGGAAUUAAAAUGAAACGGUGGCAUCUAUUGGGACGGCGUUUUGUGUUAGAUGCAAUGCACUGCAGAAUUCAUCCUUCUGCCGGCUUUAAUGAACAAAUCCGGCCUCGGUCAGACCACCGAAAGACAAUGAAUCUGUCUAUGUUUAAUGUAUCUCAAACGCCUUAUUGUUAGCCUACAAACCACGGCCUUUCCGUUCCAUCUCUAAAUUUCCUCCUCCCCUCUUUUCGCUGUCCAUGGAAGAGCGACUUUCUAGACACAGAAAUCGCGCAUGUACGAUACUACCUGGUACUAAAGUCCACUAAGGAAAUUUAUGCAGACUUGUAAUCAGUAAAGGGCAGAUCGGAUUGGUCUUGGACGUCCAGGGAUCGAAUCGAGAAGGGGGCUGCAGCAGCUUGGAUUUAUGCUAACUCCUUUCAAGCGUGCCUGUGAUGAAGACUUCUACAUCAGAGGCCCGAAAAAUUCUAGUAGAUUGGAGUUUUGUGGUUUUCUCCCUGUUUCUUCUUGUAUGGAGAUAUCAUGCCAUCCUCGCAAAAAGUCUCGGCACAAUGCCUCUUUACUGCAAGGAGAGUCAAACUUCAAGAGAGAUGCAAAAGAUCUCAUCAACAUGCUGCCAGAUGAAUGUCUUCUCGAGAUAUUUAGAUGGCUUCCAGGGCCUAAAGACCGCAGUGUUUGUGCUGGUGUUUCAAAACAUUGGCUUAUGCUUCAGAGCAGCUUUUCUAGGACCGAACUUAAAUAUAGAUCUCAACCAUUCCCAAAACCUUUUGGAGAAAGUCUAUCAGUCAAUUCAAACAAAAUUGCCAAACCAGGAGCUGCCAAUCUAGAUGAUGAGAGCAAUGAUGAUUGCAGUGGGGCUGCAGCUGAAGAGGAAGGGAUUAUAGAUGCUGAUAUUGAUAGAAAGGGAGUUACACAGAAAGGAAUGUCUAAGAAGCAGUCCGUACAGGCUACUGGGGAUCUCACUAGAUGCUUGGAGGGGAAGAAGGCUAAUGAUAUCAGACUUGCUGCGAUUGCUGUCUGCACAGGUGGUUGUGGAGGCUUGGGAAAAUUAUUGAUUCGUGGAGAUAUAUCAUGUCAAGGGGUUACUGAUGUGGGCCUUGCUGCUAUUGGUCUUGGCUGCCCAGGUCUGAGAGUUUUAAGUCUUUGGAAUUGCCCAUUCAUCAGUGAUAAGGGGCUGGCUGCCAUAGCAAAAGGUUGCAGGCUUUUGGAGAAACUUGAUCUUUUUCAAUGCCCAUGGAUUGGAGACAACGGUUUGGAAUCUGUUGCCUUGAACUGUCCCAACUUGUUGAACCUUAAUCUAGAAUCAUGUCCCUCGGUUGGGGAUAAGUCUUUGAAAGCAGUUGGACAGAACUGUGUCAAGCUUAAGUCCUUGAGAAUCAGUAACUGUUCUCUUGUUAGUGAUGAAGGGAUUAUAACGAUUCUUUCAAAAGCCAACAGCUUGAUGAAGGCAAAAUUUCAGGCUCUAAGAUUGACUGACAUUAGUCUUGCUGCACUUGGACACUAUGGCAAGUCUCUUACUGAUCUAUCACUUGAAAACCUUAAUAAUGUCACAGAGAAGGGCUUCUGGUCCCUGGGAAAUGCAAUGGGUCUGCAGAAACUGAAACAUUUUUCAGUGAGUGCUUGCCGAGGAUUGUCCGAUGCUAGCACGGAUGCUGUCGGACUAGGCUGCUUGAGUUUGAAGCAAUUUUCUAUCCGUAAAUGUGAAUCAAUAACUGAUAAAGGAUUGACAGCACUAUCUCAUUCUGUGAUGUCACUUGAAAAUCUGCGAAUAGAGGAGUGCAAUUUGAUCUCUUCCUUUGGUGUGAUGGAUGUGCUUUCUAACUGCAGUGGAAAAUUGAAAGUGCUAUCACUUAUCAAAUGUGAAGGAGUUAAAGACCAAGCACAAUUUUCAAGGCCCUUUCCUGUUUGUGAGUCCUUGAAAUCCCUCAAUAUUUGCCAUUGUCCAGGUGUUGGAAAUGGAUUUUUGGCGUUGUUGGGGAAUGCCUGCCCUCAAUUUGAAGAGCUUGAUCUUAGUGGCCUUUCUGGAAUAUCAGAUGAGGGUCUUCUUGCUCUCUUGCAAAGCAGUAAGAGAAGUUUGGUUAAAGUAAAUUUAAGCGGGUGUGUCCAGGUCACAGAUUGGGCAGUAUAUGCCAUAGCAAGCCUCUGUGGAGAAAACCUCCACACAUUAAAUCUGGAGGGUUGUAGGAAAGUAACAGAUCAAAGUUUGAAGGUUAUUGCUGAUCUCUGCCCGGCUUUAGAAGAUCUGGACUUGGCAAAGUGUGGGAUUACAGAUAAUGGUGUUGUUUCUUUAGUAUCUGCAAGACAACAGGCCAUACAGAUUCUCUCACUCUCAGGCUGUAUGCAGAUAACAGAUAAAUGCUUGCCUUUCAUAGAAAAGAUGAGCAAGACGUUGCUUGGUCUUAACUUGCAGCACUGCAAUGGAUUGAGUCAGACAGCACUUGAUACAGUGGGGGCACACUUAUGGCGGUGUGAUCUGCUUGUGUCAUAGAAAGAAGACUUGCUUCAUUAUCACACAUUUUUUAAGAUUGACUAUCACAAGUAUAUCAGCGUUACCAAACAAGUAAAUUUCAGAUGUAGGUUGGAACUAAUGCAUGAGAGUUUGUGGUUAUCGGAUGGGUAACUCAUGCAUUUUUGGGCCCAUGGUAGUGUUGCAGUGGGCUUUUAUGGUUUCUAAUUUUUCGAGAGUUAGCUCUUUUUGCAGGUGUUGUCUUUGAUGACCCUGUUGAUGCAGUCUUUGGUGGUCAAUUCCUUACUGUAAAACACUGGAGACUGGCUACUCUUCUGCAUGGUUUUUAGGUUCUGUGCAUGCUUUUCACUUUUCGGUUUUUUUGAGAUCUUUGGUUUACUUCGCUGGAAUUUUAUCUGGUGUUUGAACCGGGAUUAACAUUAGCCAAGUAGUGUGUGUAGGUUAGGCUGCAUGGUCUGUAAACACUAAACACAUUUCACCAGCUUCUGUGGCAAAUAGGUUUUGGCUUUGGCAUUCUGUACUGUUUGCCUUUCCAACUCUGAAGAGUUUUUCCAAGCCUAAGCAGCAACAGGCUGAGAACUGUGUUUAAUAGUAAAUGGAUUCAAGUUAAAGAA